UUUUAUCACUAUAACAUUGCGAUUAUAAGUACCUACGAUUUUAACUAUGAUGUGGUCCAAUCGUUUUGAAGCUUAUUAGAAUUUGACUUUAUUUAAGAAAUAAACAUGAAUGUGUGGUUAUAGUGAAGUGCUAUUAUUUAAAAUUUCUGAAAAUGGCAUAUCAAACACUAUAUCAAGAGUAUAUGCUCGUACCUCCCGUAACUAGAGCCUAUACCACCGCUUGUGUCAUCACAACACUGGCUGUGCAAUUGGACCUUGUUUCACCAUUUCAACUUUACUUCAAUCCAAAUCUUAUAUUGAAGAAGAUCCAACUAUGGCGUUUACUGACAACAUUCCUUUUCUUUGGAAAUCUAGGCUUUAAUUUUUUCUUUAAUAUGAUAUUUACAUACAGAUAUUGUAGAAUGUUGGAGGAAGGAUCUUUCAGAGGGAGGACAGCCGAUUUUGUUGUCAUGUUUAUCUUUGGUGGAACAUUAAUGAUUUUGUCUGCAUUUUUUGUUAAUUUAUUAUUUUUAGGUCAAGCGUUCACUAUUAUGAUUGUGUAUGUAUGGUCACGUCGAAAUAUAUUUGUUCGUAUGAACUUUUUUGGUCUCAUGAAUUUCCAGGCUCCAUAUCUUCCAUGGGUAUUGCUAGGUUUCUCUGUUUUACUUGGUAAUGCGAUAUCUGUAGAUUUAGUUGGUAUGGCUAUUGGACAUAUAUAUUUCUUCUUAGAAGAUGUUUUGCCAAGACAACGAGGAGGUCAAAAGUUCUUGAAAACACCUGAAUUUCUGAAAAAACUUCUCGAUCCAGCACCUGAUGCGCCAGAAUAUGAACAUCUCCCUGACAUGGCCAAUGAGCAGCCUGGACUAUAAUUAGAAAGAACAGGACUUCGACAAUGUCGCUCAAAGUAGAUAAUUUACGAUCCAUUUAAUGCAAAUUUAAGACGAAACAUUCAAUACAAAUAUCACUGGACGUAAGUUAUCUAUAUAAAUGUACAAUUUAUGUUACUUUACUAUGUAGUUUUUAAUUUUAAUAGAUAAGAAGAAUUUGGUAUUGCAAUGUAUCUUCCAUGCUCAUUCAUAUCAUGGGAAACAAAUCGAAAUUACAACUAUAAUCAGAUAUGUAUGUUAGAGCAACGUUAACUCGUUAAAUAUUGCAUUUUUUUGUAAAUUUGGUUACUAUUAUGAUGAAUAUUAAAUUUCAAUAAAAAAAAAUAUUUAUGAUUCUUACAAAUCAUUAAACUAGGCAAUCUUAAAGUAUUUUACGUACAAAAGCCAAAAGGACUAGUAUCCAGGCCAGAAAAUAUUUAAAAAAAAAAAUUACGUACUAAAGUUGUUAGUGUUCUUUAUAAAA